AUGUCGUUACCCGACUUUGACUUCAGCGCGACCACGGAAUACCAGGGGUUCGCGCAGCGGGAUCUCAAUAUCUGUCUGAUCGUCUUUUCGACUAUAUUUGUUUGUGCCAGGCUCUAUGUGAGGGCGUUUAUGACAAAAGGCCUUGGACUAGACGAUGUCAUGACUGUGGUCGCAUAUCUACUGUUAGCUGUGUUCUCGGGACUCGAGAUACGGACCGUUGGCUUGGGAUCUGGUGCACAUAUGGAUCAGAUACCUGGGGCAUUUGUUGUGCCUUUUUUUGCAGCUCUUACUACGCAACACCUAAUGUACUUCUGGUGCGUGGGUCUGAUGAGACUGGCGAUCGUUGCAUUUCUUCUGCGACUUGCCAAAGACAGUGAGACUCCCUUUCGACUUUUCCAGAUUCUUACAUAUGCCACUGGAGGCGUGAUCUUGGUUCAGACUAUUGUCUGCUUCCUAUACCGUCUACUUGAGUGCCAUAAGCUAAGCGACCUGUGGCUACCUCCGGGCAGUGGCGACUGUAUAUCGAAGAAUUCCGAAGCGGUCAUGAUGUGGACGCAUGCGGCGAUCGGCAUAGUAGUGGAUCUCGCGCUCUUUAGUCUCCCGAUCUGGGUGGUGCGCAGCAAGAUGAUGAACGCGGCGAAAGCGGUUCGUGUCGCACUCAUCUUCUGCGUCGGCAUCUUCGCCACCGUCACGGGCGUCGUCCGGCUCACCAUCAUGGCUAGAACUGACUUCAGCGUCGACACCACUUACAAGAUGGCAACUGUGGCGUUCUGGACGGAUCUGGAGGGCCAUGUGGGACUUUGGUGUGCGUGCUUCCCGGCAUUGCAGCCACUCGUAAGACAACUUAGCUACAUGUGCGGCUUCCGGAGCAAAUUGGACAGUUCGAAGAAGUAUCGCGGAAACUACGGCGGCGCUGGACCGUCUGCUUAUGGCAGGUCGGGGAGCCACGGUGCGGCUGGCACUAGUGCGGUGAACUCCAGCUUCCACACGAGGUCGAUGAAUCGGUAUCCACGCGAUAGAAGUGGUGUGGAUGGGACCUCGGAUAAUUUCUCCGACUCCAAUAGCCAGCGAGGAAUUGUAUCAGAAACCCAUGUUGGCGUUGGGAUGGAGAUGGACGAGCUUGAUGAUAUGAAGGAAAACACGAUCAAGAGGAAGACGGAAGUCAGCAUAGAAUUCGAGAAGACUAGAACCUAUUGA